GACACUUUACGACACUUUCAACUUUCCGUUAGCGUCGUCGAUGGUUUAUUUUAGGGUUGUUGUUGCGUGAGCCGUGACACAAUGAGUGUCUUUGAUUUAUUUAGAAGAUUCUUUGGGUUCCAUGGGGGUGGUUUUCAUGGACAGCGAAGAAUAGACCCCUUUUUUGAAGGAAUGAUGAAUGAGGAUGAUGACAAUGAAGAUGGCCAAGACUAUGGUACUGGUGAAGACUUCCGGUUUGGUUUUAACUUUGGACCAGGUGGAAGAGGCUUUAAUGAGUUCUUUGGAUUUGAAGAGAUGUUUCGUGACAUAGAUGGACUUUUUCAAAGAAUGGAUAAGUGGGAUGUGCCAUCUAGAGAAUUUGAAAUUCCAAGCAUAGAAAUGCCUGCUCAACAACCAUCUAGAGAUGGAACAGGCACAGGUAGAAAGGGAAGACAUUCCCUCCGAGACUUCAUGUUAAAAUAUCCUGACAGCCACCUCCCUAACUCGCAGGAUGAAAGCUCUGCAGCUGACCAGCCACACCAUAUACCAGGGCCUUCAGGUUCCACCGAAUGGCCUCGAAGUCCCUUCAGAAGGUUUGAAGAUGCCUGGAGGGAUAACCACUCAGGACCGGAAGAUAGUUCUGUAAAGGAGGAUAAAGUUUUAGAUUCACAGGUGUCUGAAAAAGGGCUUGAUGACAUUUUGAGGCCUCCUGAGCCAAAAGUGAAAUCCUACUUUAAGAGCUUCUCAUUUACUAAAGUAAUAGCUCCCGAUGGUACUGUUGAAGAGAGAAGAACUGUAAGGGAUAGCUAUGGCAAUGAAGAGGCCACAGUGACUCGGAGUAAAGGAGGUGAUUCCUCACAAUUUACUGGUGAUGGAAAGAAGAUUGACCCACACAUCCCAGACUUACAAAGUGACCAAUCCAUAUUUUCAGAGUUUUUCAGGGGUUUUUUUUCCAGCAGAUAGAAGACUAUGUCAAUUGCAUUAAUGGACAAAUAGAAUGUUCAUUUCAUCUGAUUGUGUGGACAUAUUAACUGUUUCUUGGCACCAGAUUUAAAAACUCGUUUUCUUACUCCAAAACACUCAACAAAUGGGAGUAUCAGUUUUAUUGUUUUUAUGUAGAGUAUGUGGACCUCUCCGUGAAAAAUUAAUUUUGCAUUACAGAUUUUGGCCGAUAAAUUGAAAUAACUUGAAGUCCUUUCACAGCAGUUCUUAAAUCAUACCAGACAAAUCUUGUAUUGUGUUGAGUGGAGAAAUAUAAUUAACUAAUAGCUCUUUGCUUGCCUGGCCUGAUUUGAGAUGUGCUGUGUCUGUUUUAUUACACCUUGCAGGCCUUAACACACAUAUGCCAUGGCUUUCUUUUUCCAUGCCUAAUGGAAGUGGCAACCUUUUUCCAUGCAGUACAUGGCAAAAUAAAAUCUUGAUUUUCAAAAUAUGUUUU